CGCUAGCGAACAACAAAUGACCUUCUAUCGCAGCGAUUUAUUCGCUACAUGAAUUUGUACGUAGCAUGCGUUUUUCCGGUACAAUUGGCUUUUGAAAGCAUACCAACUGUUCAAUGACAGUUCCGAAGCUAACCUGAACUCUCUCUAGAUGUCUCUAGAGUGAUUGUAAACACAAACAUACGCUGCCGGUUGCUACGAGUUCGUAAGCUUCCUCCGCGACGGGAGCUCUAGGUUAGGUUAAUUUUAAUUAAUCGAAAAUUACGUGGCUGUGACGAUAUGUUUAAUUAGAUAUUAAUUUCACAUGUAUACAAAUGUUUACAAUUGUUGAAAUUUAGUUAUUUACGAUGUUUAGGGGCGUUUUUAAAACGAUCACGAAUUUUUCGUUCCGUUUUGGUCAUCUGAGCUCAAAUUACAAAAUAUUUAUGCAUUCCACAUUAAUUUUAUUCGUUACAAGUACCACGAUACUUUUUCUGUACUUGAAUCGUAUACAGCCACAUUAUUUCAUCGAUGAGGCUUUCCAUAUACCCCAAACACUGCGAUACUGUGCAUGGAAUUUUACAGAGUGGGAUCCUAAAAUUACCACAUUGCCAGGAUUAUACGUUAUUACUGCUGCGAUAUUGUCACCUUUUAAUCUUUGCAAUAUUACCUACAUACGAUGUGUCAAUUUAAUUGGAACGUGUGUAAAUCUCUAUCUUAUUUAUAAUAUUAUGAAGGAGAAUUGUAAAUCUAACAGGGCUGAUUCAUGGAAUGAUUGGUUGAUACUUGCUUCAGCGUACAAUAUCACACUUUUCCCAACAUUGUAUUUCUGGUGUUUCUUUUAUUACACAGACGUUGUGUCUGUGAAUACAGUGCUUCUAAUGUUGCUUCUCCAUCAUCGCAGGCACACUAAGAUGAGUGCAUUUGCAGGUUUAAUAGCUGUAUUUGUUCGUCAAACAAACAUCAUUUGGCUUGGCUUCCUCACUGUAGAACACAUAUUGGAUAUAUUUGAUCGCAGGAUGGAACAGCCAAUAUCUUCUCGAUUACUCAACACUCCAUUGCAUUUUCGUCUGAUCUGGAAGCAAAUAAUAUACGAGUUACGCAAAGGGCUGCUGUCCUUUGUCAAGUUCUUUCUACAAGUAUGCAGCAGUACGCUUCCUCACAUAACGGUAUGUCUGAUGUUCAUCGCCUUCGUCGUAUGGAACAGAGGCAUAGUGGUCGGCGACCGUUCCGCUCACGUUGCCACCAUUCACGUCUGCCAGAUAUUUUACUUCUCCGCUUUCGUCUCGCUCUUCUCGUGGCCGUACGUGGUGUCUCAUUGGCGAACGGGCUUGCAAUUCCUACGCCAGCACUGGAUCCUCGCAAGCUGCGCGGUCGCAUUAAUGACCGUGGUAAUCCACUUCAACACGCUCGUUCAUCCGUAUGUUUUGGCCGAUAAUCGGCAUUACUGGUUCUACGUGUGGAACCGAUUAAUAGAUCGUUACGUGGCGUGCCGGUACUUAUUAGCGCCGGUUUACUGCGCAAGCCUGUUCGCCAUAUCGCGAAAUAUCGGUCAUCUGAGAUUUCUCACGCAGAUCAACUACGCGAUCUGCGUCUGUAUGGUUCUGAUACCUCAGUUACUGGUGGAACCGCGUUACUUCAUCCUGCCUUACGUCUUCUAUCGCUUGAAUAUCGAGAAACCGCGCGCAUGGCAGAUUUGUCUGGAAUCGUUCACAACGUUGGCGAUCAACCUCGCGCAAUUUCUCCUCUUCGCCAACAAAGUGUUUUACUGGGAGGAUCAGCCAUAUGCCCAACGCAUUUCUUGGUGACCACAAAGAAACAAAAAUGUCAUAAUAAAAGAUUUAUUAUUUUAAUUA